CACUUCCCGGUGUCUAUCGUAUUUCGCAUACGCAUCGAAUAAUCGUUCCCCACUGCCCACUCCGCCAUUGGCGCUCCGUAACUGCGUUCACUUCUCUCUCGCUCGCCUGUAGAAUCUGCCUGCCCUGAACCCGAGAAUCAACUACUACCUGCAACAAAACGCAAAGGGAAGGAAUCAAUCUUGACAUCAUUUAGCAUUUUGAUUUUACUUUCCUUCCGUGUUCGUUUGGACCCGUGGACGGUGGACUCGGCGUUUCUCGCACCUGCAAAUAUGUUCAAGAAAUUCUCCUCUGAGGAUGUAUCCUCACAAAAUCAAGUAAAAGCAUCUGUGCAGCGUAAGAUCAGGCAAAGUAUUGCCGACGAGUAUCCGGGCCUGGAACCAGUGUUAGAUGAUUUGCUACCAAAGAAAGUACCCCUCAUUGUUGUUAAAUGUCAAAACCAUCUAAAUCUGGUUGUGGUGAACAAUGUGCCUUUGUUUUUCAAUGUUCGUGAUGGUCCAUACAUGCCUACGCUACGGCUACUUCAUCAGUAUCCAAAGAUAAUGAAAAUGCUGCAAGUGGAUAGAGGUGCAAUUAAAUUUGUUCUUGCUGGUGCAAACAUAAUGUGUCCUGGCCUUACAUCUCCUGGUGGGGCUUUGGAUGAUGAUGUUCUGGAAGAAACUCCUGUGGUACACUGUUCACCUUUUUCAAAUCUGAUGCUAUUGAACUGUCAUGCGCUCUGAAUGAUCUCAUUCUUU